UUUGCUUACCACGAUCCAGAGACUGGCCUCCCAAUAUGCCCUUCAACACUCAACUAACGCGUGCGCUCGGCAUUAGAGUACCCGUUGUCCAGGGUGGAAUGCAAUGGGUCGGGUACGCAGAGCUCGCGUCUGCGGUCAGUAACGCAGGUGGUCUCGGUAUCCUGACUGCCCUCACUCAACCCACCCCCGAAGACCUCCGCAAAGAGAUCCGUCGCUGCAGAGAGAUGACCAAGUAUCCCUUCGGUGUAAAUCUCACUCUCCUACCCGCUCUUGUACCUCCGGACUAUGCCGCAUACGCACAGGUCAUCAUCGACGAAGGCAUCAAGAUCGUAGAGACGGCAGGCAACAGCCCUGGGCCAGUCAUAAAGCAGCUAAAGGCUGCGGGAACCACAAUCCUGCACAAGUGUACCACGAUCAGGCACGCGCAGUCGGCUGUAAAGCUGGGCGUGGACUUCCUAUCAAUAGAUGGAUUUGAGUGCGCCGGACAUGUUGGCGAGACCGACAUCACCAACUUCAUCCUGUUGAGCCGAGCGCGCCAGUCUCUCGGUGGCAUACCCUUCAUUGCCUCGGGCGGAUUCGCAGAUGGGCAGGGCUUGGCUGCUGCUCUCGCACUAGGUGCUUGCGGUAUUAACAUGGGAACGAGAUUCAUGUGUACUGUCGAGGCACCCAUUCACCAGAACAUCAAGAAGGCCAUCGUCGACGCGCAAGAAACCGACACUGAGCUUGUACUACGAAGGUGGAAAAACACAUCGCGGCUAUUCUCCAACAAAGUAACCAAGGAAGCCGUGAAGAUUGAAAAAGAGAGCCCCACGGGCAAAUUCGAAGAAGUGGCUCCUUAUGUUAGCGGCAAGCGAGGCCGUCAGGUGUUUCUCAACGGCGACAAGGACUUUGGUGUGUGGACUGCGGGUCAGGUCAUUGGUCUGAUCCACGACAUUCCCUCUUGCGAAGAACUCCUCGUACGCAUUGAGCGCGACGCUGUGCAAACGAUGAAAGAGAACCAGAGUCUUUACAUUGGCGAAGGCAAUGAGCCAGUCACUUCGACUGGUACUGUCGGGAAGAACACCAACAACCCCGGUGCAGAGGUGUGGGGAGUGGGGAAAAGUAAACUCUAGAUCCACUCGAUGAGCUUUUGUAGUUAUAACCCACACCCUAUUGGUUGUUUGAUCCCAUGUAUUUGUUUGUUCAUCUCAUGCUCGUAUCGGGAUACAGCAUUUGUAUAGAAGAGUGAAACGUGACUAUCGCGAUUGGGUACAGGAUUAUCACCUUCAAAUAUAAAACUGUCCUCCAUACUGCUUCAACUGGUCUUCUACCUUCCAUCACUCUUGCCUCCGGUUCCGAUUGAUAUCUUCAAUUACGACUCUUCGACUCACUCGAAAGCAAACAGCACCGCCCUCACACCAUGGACUCCAAGACCUUUCUACACCAGACUGGGAUCGAGAUCGCCCUCCCUUCCCAUCAUACCCCCGAGUCCGGCUUCCUUAAACGACACACCUUCACCCUCAUCUGCUUUGUGCUACUCAUGGUUUCCAUGUUCACCAUCCUUAUUCAUCGAAUCGACGCACUUGGUGGAAACCUCGCCACAAUGUUCCC